AAAUCGUGACUUUUAUUUAAUCAUGUCUCACGUAAGAUAUGUUGUCUAUUUAAUUUAAUGCAGAUUCUUGAGAAGAUAGGCUUGCCAGAGCUGUUCAUCCCGGUAGAGGAAAAAAUUGAAAAAGCUGUGCUGCCAAGUUAUGUGCAUCCUAUGUCACUGCCACAUCUGUUCAGUUGCCAAAGCAAGUUUGCAAUGACAUCGACAAAGUGUUGAAGAACUUCUUCGGAUCAAUUACUGUUUCCAAUGUUCAAAGCAAUAAAGCCCUCUCGAUGUGGCUGUGGGGAAGCUGUAGCCUUUAAUGUGCCUUCCUUAGCUAGGCACAUGAGGGUAAAUGGUAUCGACCCAGUGAUAACCGAUGCCACUAUAAGGCAUUUCAUCACCUCCAAAGUUGUUGGUUGCGUGGGGAAGUCGAAUAAGUUUUGGAGCAGAACAACAAGCUCGACAUCUGCCCACAUAAGUAGGCGUUACCUUGCCGGUGAAAUUUUGGGUGAACUUGAUAAAGGUACAGAUAAAGGCGAGACAAGCUCAACUAGUGAUUUUCAAGUUGAGUCCCAAACUGGAAAAGAUACAGGCGAGACAAGUUCAUCAAGUGAUAUUCAAGGCAAGUUACAAUUUUCAGCAUCACGUGUAUUCCUGGCUUCAGUUAAGUUACUUGUUAGAUAUCUUUUUAAUCACAGGAUGAAGUUUUGAACCUAUUUUAUGCAAGCUUUUUCCAUUAUUCGUAUUCAGUGCGGGGUGCCCUAGAAUCAUACAUUCUUUGGGUUAUGAAUAGCUCACUUAAAAAACCCAUGGUAAAGGUUGUAAAGCAUGCUCGCCUGCAUUGUCUAAAUAUGACAACAUUUUAUAAGUUCUUCCUCACAUUGAAACUUCAGAAAAAAGCUAGCAAAAAAUCUAGCUAUUGAGUAAUGAGAGAUUGAAGUAAUGCGAUAAACCUCACAAUGAUGCAGUUUUUUCAUGCCACUUAUUAGCUAUGUCACCUUUUCCUUCAGGUGAUGUAUCGAUCAACAGAUGCUGAGCAAAGUACUCUCAGGAAUGUUGAUGAACUUGAUCUCCUUCUCCCCUUAUUAUUUGAUGGAUUGUUCAAUUAAAAUUAGCCAUAUUAAACAUGAAUAUAGAAGCAACAAUAAUAAUGUUCACACGGUCACAAGGCAAGGUGUUCUCCAUUAAACUGGCGAAGAUCUGUCGUUGGCUCCACGAUCUCUAGAUGAUGUUUACUUUUGACUGUUACACAUCUCUUAAUCUUUUUCAGACGCGAUAAUUAUGAGUGAUACUGAAAAGAAACAAAAGGUAUUCUUUUUUGUUAUGGCUGUUUUUCAACUAGCGCGAGGAAGAAAAUAUAGUGGUGAACAAUAAAGACAAUAGAGUGUUUAUCGGUCUGACAGUUGCCCCAUGGAAUUUUGAUGCUCUUUAAAAUAGCAUAUUUGCCCUCGCAUAGAGACUUUUGAACGUAUUUGUGUGACCUCAAUAGAAAGAUAUUGUCAUUGAAGGGUGAAAAUGGUACAUUUCGCAUUUACUUAAAUACGAUUUAAGAAAUAAAACCAAGGCAAAAGUCCUCAGUCAAAUAAUGAUUUGAAAUGGUUAAAUGUAUUUUUGUGACAUGAAAGGCGUCACGUUUUCUCCGCAGGGUGAAAAUAGUUGAUUUCAAAAAAUAGUAACUCUUCUUAUCUUACUGCUUUGCAAAAUGAAUAAAAAUCCUUCUCAUUGAUUGAA